UGCAGGCACGCUCCUCCAACGCAAAGUAUUCUGGGAACUGUAGGCGACGAAUGACAGUCUCCUCCUAACCAGCAUGGAAGUCCCUACUGAAAGCGUGGAACAGAAAAGUGGAAAUGCCUCUGACCCAGGGGACGACAGAUGUUCGGAUAACGAUUUUGGACCUUCAAUACUCGGAACGAAAGAGUAUUGGGAAGAGGCAUACCAAAGAGAACUUGAGACAUUCACAGACAUUGGGGAUGUUGGUGAGAUAUGGUUUGGUGAGGAGAGCAUGAGCCGUGUGCUGCGUUGGAUGGACAAAGCUAAGAUUCCAGAAGAUUCUUCCGUUCUUGACAUUGGCACAGGAAAUGGAGCCUUUUUAGUUGAACUGGCCAAACACGGAUACAGCAAUCUGACCGGUAUAGAUUAUUCUCCAGCGUCUGUAGAAUUGUCCAGAAAUGUUCUGAAGGCAGAGGAUUUGACAGAUGUCCCUGUAAAGGAGAUGGAUUUCUUAAACUGCCAAGGGGAGCUAAAGGGUUUUGAUGUCUGCAUUGACAAAGGAACAUUCGAUGCAAUAAGCUUAAACCCGGACGACUCCACAGACGGCAAAAAACUCUAUGUCCAAACUCUAAAAGAGGCUGUCAAGGACAAAGGAUUCUUCGUUAUCACUUCCUGUAACUGGACAAAGGAGCAGCUGCUAGAGCGAUUUAGUGAAGGAUUUGAGUAUGUACAAGAGUUGCCUACACCUAGUUUUCAAUUUGGAGGAAAGACUGGCAACAGUGUGACAGCACUCAUCUUCAAGAGAGUACAUUGAUUCACAAGUCCCCGGAGGAUAUUUUAUUUUGCCAUCUAUUCUGUCAAUCAUAGGAAAUCGUUCAUUCAUUUUUUUUUAUAAACAAUGUGUUAUGUAGCAGAUGUACAAUGUAACUUAGUGGGACAUUUUUCUUUAAAUAAAUAUUUUUUGUUUUGUUCUUGUCCUCCUUCUUGCAUUCAUCCUCAGAACUUAAGGAACCUGUUAAAUAUAUUCAUUUAGUUUGUUAUACAGUUUUGCAGUUAAUGUUCUUGCUUUCAAGAGACUUCCAUAUGUGAACUCCUUACCCUCUCUCAGAUGACACUUAUUUGACUGUAAUAUUACUUUCCCGAGGCUAACUGUAGUCCUAUUUCAGCCAUAAUAUUAUUCAGUCUUUUGUUUGUUGGAUAUGUUACCCCCAGGGGAAAACAUCUAUUUUGUUUUCAUUUUACAGAAGGGAAACUAGAUACACAAUAUGUACAGAUCAUUUAUUCCCUAUUCAAUAAAACAUCUGAUAGCCCCUCAAGUUACUUUGCGAGGAACAUGUUGAGAGGACUGACAGUUUGAAAACCACUGUUCUCUGUUACCAGGUAGUUAAUUGCAUCCAUAUUUCAUGUCAUGUGAAAAGUAACCCAUACAUCAUUGGUUAAACUAGAAACCAGCAGAGCUUGGGGUCCUGAGGACCAUGAUUAAAAACGUCUGACCUAAAGAAUAAACAAGAGGCCAAUCUUUGUGGAAGAGAAGCCUGUCUGCCAUUUC